AUGUACAUGUGGACCCAGCGCUACCGCCUGUGCCUGGCGUCAUUCAAACCCACUCCACGUUACCGACGUAGUUUCACCCUACGGGAAACGGGGCGCCACGAGUACUACUGGUGUAUCUGCAUAUCGGCCAAGCCGGUAACGCCUCAUGCUUCCAGUGCCUGCUGUGUAACCAGUGCUUCCAGUGCCUCCAGUGUAACCAGUGCUUCCAGUGCUUCCGGUGUAACCACUGCUUCCAGUGCUUUCAGUGCCUCCAGUGCUUUCAGUGCCUCCAGUGCUUUCAGUUCCUCUACUGCCUACGGUGUAACUAGUGCUUUGAGUGCCUCCAGUGCUUUCAGUACCUCUCCUGCUUACGGUGUAAGCAGUGCUUUCAGUGCCUCCAGUGCUUUCAGUACCUCUCCUGCUUACGGUGUAACCAGUGCUUUCAGCGCCUCCAGUGCUUUCAGUGCCUCUCCUGCCUACGGUGUAAGCAGUGCUUUCAGUGACCCCAGUGCUUUCAGUGCCUCUCCUGCCUACGGUGUAAGCAGUGCUUUCAGUGACCCCAGUGCUUUCAGUACCUCUCCUGCUUACGGUGUAACCAGUGCUUUCAGUGCCUCCAGUGCUUUCAGUGCCUCUCCUGCCUACGAUGUAACCAGUGCUUUCAGUGCCUCUCCUGCCUACGAUGUAACCAGUGCUUUCAGUGCAUCCAGUGCUUUCAGUACCUCUCCUGCUUACGGUGUAACCAGUGCUUUCAGUGCCUCCAGUGCUUUCAGUACCUCUCCUGCUUACGGUGUAACCAGUGCUUUCAGUGCCUCCAGUGCUUUCAGUGCCUCUCCUGCCUACGGUGUAGCCAGUGCUUUCAGUGACCCCAGUGCUUUCAGUACCUCUCCUGCUUACGGUGUAAGCAGUGCUUUCAGUGCCUCCAGUGCUUUCAGUGCCUCUCCUGCCUACGGUGUAAGCAGUGCUUUCAGUGCCUCCAGUGCUUUCAGUACCUCUCCUGCUUACGGUGUAACCAGUGCUUUCAGUGCCUCCAGUGCUUUCAGUACCUCUCCUGCUUACGGUGUAACCAGUGCUUUCAGUGCCUCCAGUGCUUUCAGUGCCUCUCCUGCCUACGGUGUAGCCAGUGCUUUCAGUGACCCCAGUGCUUUCAGUACCUCUCCUGCUUACGGUGUAAGCAGUGCUUUCAGUGCCUCUCCUGCUUACGGUGUAAGCAGUGCUUUCAGUGCCUCCAGUGCUUUCAGUACCUCUCCUGCUUACGGUGUAACCAGUGCUUUCAGUGACCCCAGUGCUUUCAGUACCUCUCCUGCUUACGGUGUAACCAGUGCUUUCAGUGCCUCCAGUGCUUUCAGUGCCUCUCCUGCCUACGGUGUAGCCAGUGCUUUCAGUGACCCCAGUGCUUUCAUACCUCUCCUGCUUACGGUGUAA